AUGAAACGUCGUGCAGCUCAGUUAUCCUCACCCUCACCUGUCACUCCAUCUCAUUCAUAUAAUCUUCGAAGAAAAGCUGGUGUACAUCUUUCGAAAAACGAUUCAGCGUCACCAGCACAUCCAGUAGCUGUAACACAUAAAAAAUUACGAAAAAAGCUAAUCACAUCCGACGAUGAAUCAACAAACAAUGUUAGUUCUAAUUUUGCUCAAAUGUCUAUAAAUGACGAUCGGGAAGAGCAUACAAACUAUAAUUUACGCAUACGUAUUUCGAAUAAACGUUCGUCAUUAGCAGCUAGUGAUUUAUCAGAUAAUACGGAUAAAAUUAAAAAGAAAAAACAAAAUGUACAACAUACGCCAAGUCUACAUCAUGAAGAGGAGGAGAAUGAGGAGAUUGAUGAAUUAAAUUUCUCAACAGAUCAUGCAGCAACAACACCAAAUACAAAUAAAACGAGAAUUCGAUCAGAAUUCAAAGCUCCGAAGAAAACCGCUCAUCAACAACAAUCAUUACGUGAGCGUUUAAGCCGUACGUGGAUCAAUCGUCAUUUAGUAACCCACAGUUCAAAACUUCAACCAUCUAUAUCAUCUACCAUUAAAAAGUCCACAAUAAAUAAUAACAAGACAAAAUCACAGCAGCAACAGUAUCAAGAAGAGUUCGAUGAAGAAUUUUCUGAUGACGGUAGUAACAGCGACCAAGAUAAUGAACAACAGAAAAAUUCAGAAAGUGGUAGUGAAGAAAGUGAAAAUGAAGGUGAUCGUACAUGGUGUUCUUCUUCUGAAGAAGAAACAAAUUUGAAUCAGUCACAAGAUGAAGAAAAUGACGAUGACAAUACUCGUUCAUCGUUUCAUUCAACAAAAUCAUCUGGAUCAUCCACCAAAAGUUCAUCGCGACAACAACAUGGCGAGCGUUAUAAUUCAACAUUUCAAACACCAAUCUGUGAUAAUUUAGCAAAAAAACGUUCUGAUUUAUAUAGAAAAAAUGAACACAUGCCAAAAAAUAGAACAAGAUUAAGACAACGUAAAGAACGUCAUCCGUCAUUGAUAAAUUCAAACGAAGUUGAUACGAAAGGUAUUCAGAAACGUUAUUGUUUACGACAACGAAUUCUAAAAGAACGUUCACUAAGAAUAAAUAACAGUAUCAAUCACGCCGAUGAUGAUCAAAAUAGAAAUCGUAUUAAAAAACAAAAGACAAAAAUAUCAGCAGAAUUGAAACAAAGGAAAAGUACAGUGUCGGAUGAAAAUGAACCUCAAACAAGUGGUGAAGAAGAGGAGAAUGAGAAUGAUGAUACUCACAGUUUAAACGAAGAAGAAGAUGAUUUCGAUUUGGAUGAAAUUGACGAAGAAGACCUAGAAGACGAAGGUUCGGAAGAGGAUGCUGUUGAAAGUGGUAGCGAUCAACAAUCCGGUUCUGAGUAUGAAGAAAAUGAAAGUAAUCAAUCGAAUGAAGAAGACGAUCAAGAGGAAUUAUCAGAUGUGAACGAAGAAGAAAAUGAAGAAUCAGAAACGGAGCAACAACAACAAAAAAAAAUCAUUCCAAUUCAAAUAAAAAAGAAAAUAAACAAAGUUCAAGAAAUGGAUGUUCAUAAAAUGAGUCCAAUAACCGAAGAACAAUACCAUCUUCCGCGUGGUAUUAUAUCCACAAUUAAAAAACCUCGUCCACCUGUAAAAACUCCACAGUUGAUGCCAACACGAAAACAAGAUCGAAACAAUAAUGAUAUGAAAUUUUUUCAAAAAAAUAAAAUAUUUUCUGAGGCAAAAAAGUCAUAUUAUUCAUUCGUUACACCAAAACCUUCUAAUCACGUGGAUUUAGAUGACUUAAUUAAUCGUACUCGUAUACGUCCACUGGCUCUUCAACAAGCACAGCAAACAAAUUUAAUGCCUGAACCAACCGGUAGUGAUGGACAUCAUUCACAAGCUUUAGAUUUAAUUAAUUAUUUAUUACAAUUAGAGCAAACUCUAGCAACAAAUGCAACGACACAAGCUGCAACUGUCCAACAAAAAACGAAAAAAACAACAACUAUUAUAAAACGUAAAGUUAUUCAGAGUGUAAUAUCACCUUCGUCAUCGUUUACUGUUGGUAUCAUUAAUGAGCAAGCGACAUUGUUGACAAGUCAAAGUAGUUGUGAUGGUAGUUCACUUUUAAAAUUUCUUCACAGUGAUUUACGUCGUGAGCAAAUAUCAGAAUUAAUUACUGUUCAUUUAAGUUCUCGUCUUGUUUUAAAUACACUAUUUUUGGCUGUUAAUCUUUAUGAUCGUGCAGUGCUAACGGGAAAAAUAUCGACAAAGUAUUAUCAACGAAAUCAAAAUCCAACGUUAUUAUUAACAUGUUUGUUAAUAGCUGGAAAAUUUGAAGAAGUUGAAUGGCCAACAAUUCACUCGUUAGUUGAAGAUCGUCCUGGAAUAACAUCGGAUGAUUUGAAAUCAUUAGAAAUUAAAUUAUUAAACAGUCUAGAUUUCGAUAUUGGUCUGACUGUUUUGGAUUUUCUUUAUCGUUAUUGUGAAACAAUACCAUUGACAUCGGCUCAAUUACGUCUAAUUUUUUUUACUUUACUUU